CUGUGGACCAAGGUCAUGUACGUCCUGUGCACGCUAGCGGUCCUGACCCUCCACAACCUCCUGAAGAGCUGGAGCAGCCGAGGCCGCGGCCUAGAGGACGGAGAGCGAUCGGAGGCUGCAGGGCAGAGAAGACGUCCUCAGGAUGGACGAGUCCCUCAGGUUGAGGAGACUUCCAGGUCCACGGGAGGAGGAGGACGAGGAGGAGAGGACUCGGUGAAGGCAGUGGAGCGAAGAGGACUGAGGAGCGUCAGGGCUGAGGGGAGGCGGCGGCGAGGAGGAAGAGGAGGCGUGAGAAAUGUCCCUGACAGCAAGAAGCAAGUUCAGCCGGUCCAGCGGUCCAGUGCUCUGCUCAGCCCGGCGGUCAUGUUCAGCACAAGAAAGACCUGGGACCUCGGCCACGCCCCCUGCCUGCAGGAGCUCUGGAAGAAAGACAUCUCAUUGGAUGCAAGCUCAGUGGACUUCCUGAUGAGUGAUGGUGAAGACGACGGCUCCUUCCUGUCUCUGCCCACCGCCGCCUUCUCACAGCGCCCAACGAUCAGCGCCGCCGAGCUGAACGAAACCAACGCACCCAGCCAGCAGCUGCUCAUACAGACCCUACAGGACAGAGUGUGUGAGUUUCAGGCUCGUCUGCGCUCUGAGGAGCUGACUCGUCACCUGCUGCUCCAGCAGCUGCAGCAGCAGAGCAUCCAGGAGAAAACGUGUGUCGGCGGCGUGCAGACGCUGCAGGAGGAGGAGCGACUGACGGCUCCUCCCAACGGUGUGAGUGUGUUGCAGCCUGGUGAACAACCUUCAGAUCGUUUCCGCUGUCCAGAAGAAGAGCAGCUCGUCUCUCGGCUGCGCACACAGGUGGAGGAGCUGGAGGAGAAGCUGUUGGAUCAGACUCAGGAGGUGGAGAGACUUCGCUCUGAACUGGGGGCGACAGACCUGGAGAAGCAGCUGGAGCUGCUGGUGGUGGAGAACCAGCGUCUGAAGCAGGAGCUGAAGUCAUGCAGGAGCUCAGAGCUUCAGAGCCUGGACGCUGCUGCAGACAGCUGCAGCUGCAGCCACUGCCCUCACAGCCAGGAUGCCGAGUCCCUGCGGAGGGAGGUGUCCCGCUGGGAGAGCCAGGCCCGGCAGAGGGAGCGACGGCUGGCUGAGCUGGAGCGAGAGCUGCUGGAGAAAACCUCCCGGGUGGAGAGUCUCCGCCGGCAGCUGGACGAGUCUACCCGGCAGCUGGACGACGGCCGGCGGCAGCUGGAGGAGUCGAGGCGGCGGCAGGGCGACCACGAGCAGAAGCUCACGCUCCGGCUGCAGGAGUGCGAGGACGAGCUCGCCAGGCAGGCGGCGGCGCCCCCCAAGGUCAAGUACGUGACGCAGACGGUGGAGGUGGAGUCAGCCGACUCUCAGCGAGCGCUCGCCGAGCUGCAGACGAAGAACGCCGGCUUGCAGGAGCAGCUGGCCGUGCAGAGGACGCUGCUGCGGGAGCUCGAGACGCAGCUGCACGACUCGCAGAGGACCUGCGCCCAGCUCAGGACACAGAUCCUGGUCUACGAGGGGGAGAUGGAGCGGGCUCAGGGCCAGCUGGAGGUGGAGAUGCAGAACCUGGAAGAGGAGAAGAACCGCGUGAUUGAGGAGGCGUUCAUCAGAGCCGAGAGCGAGAUGAAGGCUGUCCAUGAGAAUCUGGCCGGGGUGCGUCUGAACCUGCUGAGUCUCCAGCCUGCUCUCAGGACUCUAACCUGUGACUACAACAGUCUGAAGCGUCAGGUGCAGGACUUCCCCUUCAUGCUGGACAAAGCCAUCACCGAGGCCAAGCAGGAGAUCUGUCAGGUGAUCAGUGAUGUCAGCAGCACCAAUCAGGAGCUUCUGCGUAAAUACAAGCGAGAGAUGAACCUGAGGAAGAAAUGUCACAACGAGCUGGUCAGACUCAAAGGAAACAUCCGCGUGUUCUGCCGCGUCCGGCCGGUCAGUCAGGAGGAGCAGGACUCCGCUGAUGCUAAGACCAUGUUGAGCUUUGACUCGGACGACGACGCCGUGCUCUACCUCUCCAACAAGGGCAAGAUCAUGACCUUCGAGCUGGACAAAGUGUUCCCGCCUCAGGCCACGCAGGACGAGGUGUUCCAGGAGGUCCAGUCUCUGGUCACGUCCUGCAUCGACGGCUUUAAUGUCUGCAUCUUCGCCUACGGACAGACGGGCUCGGGGAAGACCUACACCAUGGAGGGCGAGGCGGAGAACCCCGGCAUCAACCAGCGUGCUCUGCGGCUGUUGUUCUCCGAGGUGACCGAGAAAGCUCCGGACUGGGACUACAAGAUCUCCGUCAGCAUGGUGGAGAUCUACAACGAGACACUGCGGAACCUGCUGGGGGAGAAUCCUACGGAUAAACUGGACAUUAAGAUGAACCCUGACGGCAGCGGGCAGCUGUACGUCCCCGGGCUGACCGAGUUCACCGUGCAGAGUCCCGAGGACAUCAACAGGGUGUUUGAGCUGGGUCACAUGAACAGGGCGACGGCGUGCACCAACCUGAACGAGCACAGCUCUCGCUCCCACGCUCUGCUGAUCAUUAGCGUGUCGGGAUUCAACUCAGCUACAGGGAACCGCACACAAGGGCGUCUGAACCUGGUGGACCUGGCGGGUUCGGAGCGGAUCGGUAAGUCUGGUGCGGAGGGCAGCCGUCUGAGAGAAGCUCAGUGCAUCAACAAGUCUCUGUCGGCACUCGGAGACGUGAUCAACGCGCUGCGCAGCAGACACGCCCACGUCCCUUUCAGGAACUCCCGCCUCACCUACCUGCUGCAGGACUCUCUGAACGGGGACAGCAAGACGCUCAUGAUGGUGCAGGUGUCUCCGCUGCCCAGCAACAUGAGCGAAUCGGUCUGCUCGCUGAAGUUCGCUCAGCGUGUUCGCAGCGUCGAGCUCAGCUCCUCGUCUUCGUCCUCCAGGAGACACGAGAACUCGUCCACCUCAUCCUCGCCGACCCACGACAGCGUCGAGCUGGACUCUCCCCCGGUCACUCCGGUCCCUCUCCCCAUCUCUCGGGCCAGCAGUGCCGGCUCCACCCUGUCCUCCUCCGCCUCCAGGACCCCCAGCAGCUCCCGCAGGAGGUCCCAGUCCCAGCUGUCCACAGACAGACAGGUAGACAGAGCCAGCCCAUUGGUGGGGGACGGUGGGCAGGACGAUUGAAGCUGACUGCCUGAGAGACCCCUCCCCCCCUCACUGGAUCAGCCAAUCACAGCAGCCGGCUGAAGGAGCAGAGGCUGAUGGGAACUCUCCGGCCAAAGAACAUGGCCAAACGUUUUCCGUGUCUUCUUGCUGUGCUGAAGAACUUUUUCACUGCUGGAGGACAAACGUUUCAUUUCUUUCUGACAGUAUACGCUUUCCAAUCACAGUAUUUCUUUUAUUGUUUCUUUGUAAAGUUGCACUUUAAACUUUGAGAUUAUUUUCUAACCCACAGUUCCAGAAGUGGUUGAUUUCUAAUAUAUGCAUCAUAUGGUUAUAUAUUUAUGUUUGACAUGCUUUAAUCUUUUGUUUUAUUUAGAUUUUGUUUUUCUUCUUUAUUGAGGGUGCAGACCACGAGAAAAGAGAUUAAUCUUUCAAUUUUGAGAUAAGAAUUCUCUCGAAGAUUAACCUCAUGUCAUGACGUCUUGAAUCGGGGGCGGUCUUUGUGUCCUCGCGGUCCUCUUCUAUCCAAUCAGGGUACUCCACUGACUGAGCGGUCCAAUCAGACGUGAGCAAUACGACGACACGCUCCUCCUCCACUUCUCCUGUGGAUGUUUUUAUUUUUCAUGCUUGUCGAACAAAAAGACGCUUCACCUUCACUUUCCUCGACUGUUUGUUGUGCUCCUGCUGUCGUAUCGUCGCCUGUUAAACAAGCGUAGGAUGGUGACCUGUGACCCCUGCCCUCUACCCCCUGCCCUCUACCUCCUACUCUCUACGCCCUAUUCUCUACCCACUGCCUCCUACCCUCUAGCUCCUACCCUCUACCCUGCUCCGGGCGGGGCCGGUCUGUAGCAGUGGAGCUGAUCUUAGUGUAGCUGUAGUAACAGGAAUGCUUAGAGUCGCUGUGAGCUGCUGUGUGUCGUCGGCCGGAGGUCGACAUGUCUGCUUGCUUUGUCUCCGCUGUAGAUUUCUACAGUUUGUUUUUUUUGUAUUCCCUUUUUAAUAAACAAACAUCCAAAACAAA